CAGCUGCUCGUGAAGUCCAGUUCAGUACAAACAGAUUUUAACCUUGAACUUCAAGCAUCCGAGUCCUCAUGUGAAUAUAUGAAACACACACACACGUCAGAGAAGAGGCCGGAUCAGAGAUGGGUUUGGGGGGGAUUACAUCUCCAGACUCGCUGGUGCCAGGAGUUAAUGGGUUCACUCAAGGCCGAUUGAGACGUCUUCAUUACCACACUUGUGAAAACUGAAGGGGUGGAGAUCAGGACAGGGGAGGAUGUUUCCUUUGAUCUCGGGCGAAGUGAAUUGUAAAUGAGCCGGGAUUAUCCCUAUAAAUACUUGAGCCCCAUACUGAAGGUGUGAAUCACUGAAGCCAAAGCAGAACACAAACACAUCCGACACCCUCGCUCAUCACAGACACAUCCGCAGGAGUUUGGAAAAGCAGGACUGCUGAUUCUCUCUGUUUUCUGCUGGAUAUUUCUCUUUCUUUGCUGGAUUUGGACGUAUUUGCGGAGAUGAAGGGUCAGUUUUCCAUCGAGUGGCUUUCUCAAAGCAGUCAGGCCUCGUCCACAAAUGCUUCCAGCUCUUGGAUGUCUUCUGGACAGGAGGGACCCAGCACGUCUGGCACGGCUUCUGAGAGCCUGCCCGGCUUCUACAGCAGACGGAGAGCAGAAAACAUGGAAAACCAGACGCAUGCCGAGCAGCCGACAAACACUUCUUUGUGUACAUCUACUGAACAAACUGUGUCCAACAACAGCAACAUCAGCCAACAACACACUCACGCAUCAGAAGUGGGUUUCAGCAGCAGUACAGAGGAGGAGGAGACGUCGGGGUACGAGAGCGAGGGUGGACGUUCCCUCUCACCUGGAGCACCGAAGGAACCGUCCGCUCCAUCUGUUUCUCCGUCUAUCGGCCGCAGACCUCGAACGGCUUUCACAGCCGAGCAGAUCAACAGUCUGGAGAAAGCCUUCAAAAGAAACGCUUACCUCGGAGCUCAAGACAAAGCCGAACUCUGCAAAAGACUAAACCUGUCCGACAAACAGAUUAGAAACUGGUUCCAGAAUCGACGCAUGAAACUCAAGAGGACGGUUCAGGACAGCCUGGCUCACGCGUGUCAGGUGAAGGUGGCGUCUCAUAUGAUGCAUUACCCUGAGCUGCACAGUUUCCGCCCCGCCCCGUAUCACAGCUAUUACACCGGGGUGCAGGAGAGCUCGACAGCGUACGCUCAGUUCCCUCCAGCGUUCCACUACAGUCCUGCUACAGCGGCUCUACCUGUGGAAGCUCUGUAUCAGUACAGCACCCUACAGAGUUUACCCGUCCAUCCCAGUAACCCGUCCAUGCUGACACCGUACCAGCCUUACCACUCCCAGUACUACAACACACAGUAAG